AUGGCCAUUGAAGCUCUUCGUCAUCAAAUUUAUCCUGAUUCUUCAUGGUUUAUUUCAACUUGCCUGUACCAGGAUCCUGUGUCACUGGGUGCUCCUUCUGCUGACAUUUUCCAUUUGUUGCUGGCAAUUUGUUGGUGGUUUUCUUCGGUCAUUCCCGUGCCAUUGGGGAGAUAUGCUUGCUUCAACAGGUUACUUGCUUCUGAUGUCUCUGGUGUUAUAAAUAUAUGGGAUAGAAGAGCCAGUGAUCUUCCAUGUCUUGAGCUAGCAACCAAUUCUAAUAGUCCUCUUAACAGUAUCAAAUUGAAUGCAGAUGAUCAGGUUAUAUUUGGAGCUAGCAAGCAGGGAACUAUUUACAUGUGGGAUAUUCGUGGUGGAAGAUCGUCUGCAGCUUUCCAGAAUAACAGAGUGGUAAGUUAUUCUCCUAUGACAGCAAUUAAAUUGGCAUCUGAGCUAGAGAGAAUUGCUUCUUUGAAGGCUCAGUCAAAUAUAGUAUCGAAGGAAAUACACUCCAUUGACAUAAAUCCAUCUUGUCAAAAUCAAUUGGCAUUUCAUCUUGACGAUGGUUGGUCAGGUGUUUUGGAUGUCCAUAGUAUGAAAGUCACACAUAUUCAUUGUCCUCCUCCACCUUGGUUGGAUGACUUCAAUGAUUUGGCUAACUUACGUUGUUUACGGAAACCUUCAUGGAUACCAGCAUAUUCUAUUUAUGUGGUUGGAUCAUUGUCAAGUAAUGGGCUCUAUCUUUUGGAUUUCUAUCCAGAUCGAAGCUCCCCUUGCCAUGUGGAUUUCAAUGAAGAGAUGCAAGAGUUUUACGGAGUAAAGAGCCCGCAGAAGCAAAAUCAAUUCAUUCCAACAACUGAAGGUGUUACUGCAUGUAUUACUCAUCCCUCAAGUGGAACCAUUGUGGUUGGAACCAAGCACUCGUCGCUCCUGGUGAUUUCACAAACAGGCAAGUCAUUUCAAGGUGCAUAUGAUUCUCCUUGCUCUGAAGGCAAUCUUAGAAGAACCAGCUAAAUCUCACUCACAUGCUUAUACACAUCUACCAAACUAGAAUUCAGUUGCGCAUUCUAACAAGUGCAGCAGGAAGAUAUUGGCGGGGGAUGAGCUUUAGAUGAAUGUGUAAAGUCUUUGUUAGAGGGCAAGGUUUCAGACCGCAUGUCAUUUGGAAGUGUACAAAGGAGUGUAUGUAGAGGCAGGUGAGGAUUGCUCCAUUUGCUUUAUGUGUGAAUCAUGGAAGAACAUAUUGUCUGACCUGAGUAAUGAUUCACUGAAGUUGAUUUCGACCCCAGCUAGAUCCUUGGGCAAAUGAAGGAGGUGGUAUAAAUACAGCCGUUAACUUUAUGCUUUGUGGAGGUGUAAGUCAUAAGUAGUGGAUGCAACUGUAUCUACACCGACUGACUUACAAUUCUGGAUUUUCGUUGAUAUUUUUCACUUGUCAGUUCACGUGGUAUACUUGGUGAUCAUUCCUUUGUGUCUCUAGCAUCCAUAUCCCUUCAUUACUGUGCUUUAGCAAUGGUAUUGCUUGUACAGCUUCCAGGAGGUGCACCAUCCACAAUAUUCUCCCUGCUUAUCAUUAUUGAAAUUAUGCAUCCAUCAGUUUGUCCAGGGUUCAAGAUUUGUAUUAAUAAUCAUCAUUUUUCUCAGAACCAACUUUUCGACUGAAAAUGGAAGUGAUUGUCCUUUUCAAGAUGAAACUUUACAGGGUUUAGGGUAGUAGUUUUACCUCUAAACUUUUACUUAAUUCUCCAAAAGGAGGUUCAUUUGUCUUUGUAUUCUUUCUAAGAGCCUGCAUUUCUCAGUGCAAACGCAAAUUGAGUUCACAACAGUUACAGAAAAUAACCUUAGAUUA